UGCCAAUCUAAAGCUCUGUCGUGGGGUGAUCUCGAAGGCAUCGACUCUCUUUGCUGCAAAUUUCCCGAAAUAUGGCUCACUUUUUAACAGGAAUUAAAGAAUACUUUUUGGGUACCAAAAAUCAAUAUGUCGCCACGGUUGCAAUUGAUCUUGGAACAGUUUCCAGUGGCUUUGCCUAUACACUUCAUACGAACCAAAGUCAAGACGCGAUUUUCGUGAACAGUGACUGGGUGAAUGAAUUUGGUCAUCGAACGAGCAAGACCCCUACAUGCUUGCUUCUCAAACCAGACCUUUCAUUCUACGCCUUUGGGUACAAAGCGUUGGAAUGGAAUGCAUAUUUUCAAAGCACCCACGAAACACAAGACAUGUUGUUUUUUGAGGUUUUUAAGAGAGAUUUGCAUAGUGAUAAGAUCGUAGACUUCGACUGUACCCUUAAAGCAGCAAACGGAAAGAGUAUAAGAGCCAUAACAGUUAUCGCACAGUGUAUCAAAUUCUUCAAGGAUGAAGCAGUGGCCUGUGUAAGGCGAGAGGUUGGAGAAGAUGAAAUUGAUGAUGAAAAAAUAUACUGGGUUUUUACUGUACCUCAAUCUUGGACGGGAAGAUCUAAGCAGUUCAUGAGAGAAGCAGCUUACGAGGCUGGUAUUGGUUCACGUGGUAACUUAGGACAGAUGAUGAUUGUCAGUGAAGCUGAAGCAGCCCUGGAAUUUUGUGUAAAGACAGAGCUAAGCACACCCGUUUUAAUCGCUGAUAUUGGAGGAGGGGGCCUGGAAAUGACUCUCUUUGAGCAACACGAUGAAGGAAAAGUCGCUAAGACCGACAAGGUGACUCGUCCUGCGAAUACCGCUGUUCAUGAAGAAAUGUUCCUGGAGCUUUUAGAAAGGACGUUUGGGGAGCAAAAAGUUCAAGACUAUCAGAAGCUGUACCCAAGUGAUUUACACCAAAUCUUUCAGAACUUUGAAGCAAAGAAGCGCACUUUCCGAUUCAAAGAGACAAAGAUUCAAUUGCCAGGCAGUUUUGUCAGUUUCGUGAACGAUUUUGUCUCUCCAUCCAUGAAACAUUACAGUAAGGGGGAGGUUAGAAUAGUGGAUGAUCAGUAUCUUUGUCUGAGCGCUGAAUGCAUGAAAACUCUUUUGAAGUCUGUGGCAGAGGAUGCAAUAACUGAAAUGAAGGCUUUCCUCGGCAAACCGCAGCUUUCAGAGGGUGUUAGGAUAUUUCUUGUUGGUGGACACGCUGAAUCACUUCACCUCCAGGAAGAAUUCAAGAGGGAGUUUUCUGGUCGUCAUGAUGUAACGACGUAUCGUGACGCCUCCCUUGCAAUUGUUAAGGGUACUAUGAUGGUUGCUAAGGCAAUGAAUUCAAAUAGGGAAUCAUGGAUCAUUGGUGCAUGUUAUGGUGUCGACUGUUCACGAAAUUUCGUUCGAGGUCUGCAUCCACCAGAGAAGAAAUUCUUUGCUGAUGGUAAAGCGAAAUGCAGAGAUCUGUUUCAUUGCAUUGUUAAGAAAAAUGAUAUCAUCAGACACGGAGAGAAAAUCUCUGUGAGAUAUCGUCCACUUUAUGCGAAUGAAACAGAAAUUAAAUACACCUUUUACGCCUCACAGAGGUCAGACGUCGACUUUGUUUUCGUUACAGACCAGGACGUGAAAGAAAUUGGAAGUAUCGUAAUCCAUUCCCCUGAUACGAGGAAUGGUUCGGAAAGAGAUAUUAUAGUCAGCAUUUAUUUCGGAGGAACAGAUUUAAUAGCUUCGGCUUGGGAUGUAACGAGCGGAAAGAGGGCUCAAACAACCUUGGAGGUGUCCCCACCUUUUUAGAACCGACGUAAGUGAUAGUUUACACUAUGACGACCGAGCUAAUCAUGAGUAACGUCUGCGCAUGUCAGUUAUGUUGUGCUAAAUAUAUUUUGUGCCGCUCUUGAAGAAAAGUCUGUAGCGAAAGUUUUAAGCUUAAUCUCUCUGC